AUGAGCGACUUCUUCACCAAGAACUACGACUGGGACCUCUUGGCAUCCAGAUCGGUUUGGGCAUUCGGCCCGGAGGUGAACGGGCCCAAUGUCCUGGUCGACGAUUGCCUGCCGAGUGAGGUGAACAAGAGCUUGCUCGUUCAAAGCAAAGAUAGCUUAGUGCAGGGCUUCCAGUGGGCCACGAAAGAAGGUCCCCUCUGUGAUGAAAAGAUUCGCAGCUGCAAGUUCAAAAUCCUCAAUGCUCAGAUGGCAGAGGAUGCGGUGCUGCGUGGUGGCGGCCAGAUAAUUCCCACAGCCCGGCGGGUGGGCGGCUCAGGUGGCUGCGACAGAGCUCAUUUUUCCCAUUUCUCAACCUUUGCAGGUGGCCUACUCGGCCUUCCUGCUAGCAACUCCUCGUCUGAUGGAGCCGGUGAUGCCGGAUGCCCUGUGCUGUCUGCGAGAGAGCAGAGCUUCCUUGCUUUGUGCCAAACUGGGGAAAUGUGCCUAGGCUCUGGAGAGAUUGGAAAGAGUGGCAGAGAAAGUGAGAGAGUUGCCUUAGCUGUGCGCUUUGAUCCGCAGGUUCUCGGAUAUCGAGUGCCCGGCCGACUGCGUAGCUGCCAUUUACAACGUGCUCUCCAGGAGGCUGUGGACUCUCGCGAACGCUUGAGAGCUUUUCAAAGCGAAGAGAGAGAGGGCACAGGGCAAGUGCGGGUGGGCUAA